AACCUUGGGCAGGCACUAAACAAUGUGAAAGGAGCCUAACUCGGACCUUGAAAAUAUCCACAAGAAAUAUUCAGCAUAAAAACAGGUACUGGAACUCGGAUCAUAUUAUGUCUUAUAGCUGAAUUGUAUAAAAGGUGACUUCUUAUGACUGAGACAACUGGAAGGAAGAUGGUAACGAUGGUGCUCCUUUCACUGUAAGAACAACACAUAAAAGGUGCUUUGUUAUUUCUAUGUUAUCCAAUGGAGUCUGAAGAAACUAAUUGCUCUAUUACAACAAUAAGUGUACCAGUUCAGAUUUUCAGUCUAAUUACUUAUAUUCCACUUUUUAUUUUUGGCGUUAUAUGCAAUGUCCUGGCCCUUUGGAUUUUUUGUUGCAAAAUGCAAAAAUGGACAGAAACUACUCUUUUCAUGGUGAAUCUGAUGGUUGCCGAUAUCUUGGUCGCUUUGACCUUUCCAUUCAGACUUUAUGCUAUCUUACAUAAAUGGGACCUUGGAAGUGAACUGUGUAAAAUCUUAAUGUCCUCGUACUUUGUGAAUACGUACAUUAGCAUUUUCACUAUCAUGGCUAUUGCUUUUGACAGAUACUUGGCAGUCAGACACCCAAUGAAAUACAAAAGUUGGAUGUCAUUAAGGAAAGCUUCUAUCAUGUGUUGUACCUUCUGGAUCAUUUUUAUCACAGUUAGUAUCCUGAGGAAUUUGGAAAGCAGAGGCUACAACUUUACCAUAUGUUUUCAGAAAGACAGCAAUCAACCCUUUAACUUGUCCCUAGUCUUCGUCGUUGUUGGAUUUGUCCUUCCUUUGCUAGUUAUAAGCUUUUGCUCCUGGAAGGUCAUCAUGACUUUAAGGAUCAGAACAAGAAUGCAUCCUUAUAAGCAGUGUUCCGUCAAGAGAGCUGUGAAGAUAGUUAUAGCCAACUUACUGAGUUUUGUUAUUUGCUUCUUGCCUAUCCACGUUGGAUACACAAUCCGUUUUGUAGCCGAAAACCUCAAGGCCUCUUGUUACAUACUCGAAAAAGUCAAUGAUUUUAUUCAUGUGGCAAACUUCAUGGCAAACUCAAAUUGUGUUCUGGAUUCAGUGUGCUACUACUUUGCGGCCAGUGAAUUUUGGAAUGCUCUUUCCAAACAUGAGUUCACUUUAUCUAAAUGCAAGUCUUCAUGUGUGUCAUAAACCUGUGAGCAACCCAUGUAUGUUACAGAAUAGCUUGCAGAAAAUGGGUAGAUAGACAGGUGAGGCUAUAUGAGCAAGGUCUUAACAGUACAGAGCCAUGAUAUUGCACUCAUAGACUUCUAAGUCUACCACUGUAUGUCUCUGAUACCUGCUGAAGUAUGCCUGCUUUAUUUUUCUCAUAUCUCGCGGUUUUACUACUUUUUAGCUCCUCUUCAUGUUAUCUGUGAC